AUGGUCAAUCCCCAAUAUUUAUAAGUAGAUUUAUAUGCAGAUUUAUAUGAAUAAAUUUUAACGAAUUAUAAAUAAUUCAAAUUUUAAAUCUAAAUGAGAUCCUUUUAAGUUAGCAAAGACUCGUCCUUCAGGAUCUUAUGUCCCUCCAACAAAAUAGAAAUGGAAGAAGAGACUGUAGAUACUCAAAUCUAGUUAGAAGUUAAGAAUAUUUACAGACCAAUAAAAAUUAUUCUUCCACCUCCAAGUCUCCCUAAAAUUGUUACAAGCACUAAAACUUGUAAUUGCAAAAAAUCUUAAUGUUUAAAACAGUAUUGCGAUUGCUUUGCUAACGGAUAAGUAUGCUCUGAAAAUUGCAAUUGUGUUGGAUGUUUUAAUAAUUCUCUCAAUAAUUCGUAAAGAAAAGAUGCCAAACUCUAAAUAUAAGCAAGAGAUCCAGGGGCAUUCAAAUAAGCCUUUAAAGGAUGCAAUUGCAAAAAGUCAGGAUGUUAAAAAAAAUAUUGCGAAUGCUUUCAAAAUAAUUUACAAUGUACACAUUAGUGUAGGUGUGAAGGGUGUGUCAAUUGUUUAAAAUGA